CUGGCCUCCGGCGCUGCCAGGCAUCUGGGGGUUUCCUUGGAGCUCAAGCUUUUCUGGCAGAAGCCGAGGCUCACCGGUGUCUUCAGGCCCCUCCAUGCGUGAGACAAACCAAACCACUGUGGAGCCCUCAGAGCUCCCAACAGCAUCGUCCAUGUCCCCCGGAGUGGGUGCUGGGGCCCGGGCAUGGCCCGUGCUGGUAGGGGUUGUGCUGGGGGCUGUGGUCCUCUCUCUCCUCAUCGCACUUGCUGCCAGAUGCCACGUCUGUCGCAAGUACCGUGCCAGCUACCAGCACCGCCCGCUGCCCAGGACAGGGAAGGGGAUCUGCCCGGAGGUGGCUGAAGAGGAUGAUGAUGGCUUCAUCGAGGACAAUUACAUUCAGCCCGGGGCUAGCGGACUGGGGACCGAGGGUAGCAGGGACAACUUUUCCUUCUGAGUCCCGAUCUCCGGACACCCCACCCCAACCCCGUGCCCGUACCUGACAAUGGAAAGAUAAUGGAGACUACACGGGGACCGUGAGGCUCAGGGACAGAGGUAUCUAGGGCUUCAGGGCGAACCAGGGGUAGAGCAUCCCUUCUUACCCUGACACUGACUACGAAAGUGACAAACCUUCUCUUGCUCUGUAACCCUCAAUGGCUCCCUGCUGUUCUCAGGACAACCACAAGGGCCUGGCCUGGGAAAUAAGGCCUCUUUCGACCUCUUGAUUUCCUUUCUUGCCUUUCCCACUUCACUCCCUACUAAACAAAUUAUUUGUUAUUACUGUUCUCCCACAUGGUGUUUUUCCAUGUGCUUUUUCCUCACAUGCUCUCCUGGGCCUACACUGCCCUUCUGUUCUCCCAAAUCCUCUGUGACAGAGGGCACCCGGAGGGGGACUCACUUGGUGGAGUGGCUGGCUCUUGAUUUCGGUUC